GCAAGAGUCUGAAUGUCUAUUAAAUAAUUUAGAGCCGGCGAGGCGGUAGAACGGAAGUUUCGAGAAAGCGCCGGGCAAAGAGAGGUAAACGAUGACGAACGCCGCGCAAAUUCCGACGAGCUUCGGCCAUGAACUUCGAGCAUGUCUUCGUUGCCGCCUGGUGAAAACGUACGAUCAGUUUCGAGAAUCAGGAUGUGAAAACUGUAGUUUCUUCAAGAUGGAGGAGGAUCACGAACGUGUCGCUGAUUGCACCACCCCUAAUUUUACCGGGAUUAUCUCGGUAAUGGAUCCUGCCAGAAGUUGGGCUGCUAGGUGGCUUCGAAUUGGCAAAUAUGUUCCUGGUUGCUACACACUUGCAGUCUCAGAAGCCCUGUCGGAGGAUCUGCAGGCUCUCUGUGAGGAAGAGCGGGUGCAAUAUCAUCCACCAAAACGUGUAUGAAUAUAUAUAUUUCUAUGUAAGACAGAAUUCAUAGUUGUAACUGUUUGGUAUAAAAAACUAGAAGAUUCCUUUAGGAGACUUACUUUUUGCUGUAUGGGAGAUUUUGAUUUAUUUAGAUUCCGUCUUCUCCA